UUGCUGUCAUCUCUGUAUCGCGCGGGCCCUGAAGUUCAGCAAGACGACGCGUUGUCUUCCUUCUCUGCAUACGUCUACCCUUCCCCUGGGUCUCAUCUUCCCCGCUCCUAAGUGUGGCCUCCUAAGUGUGGCGCUCACCCUCAAGUAAGAUCUGUCUUCCUUUUAUAAGCUUGCACCCCUCCCUCACUUUCUUCUCGACGACUUUCAGCCACUGCUGCGUGCAGCCAACAUCAACAUGUAUCCAACUCAUGUGCUUGCAAAAGCUGGAAUUUUUCCUCUGUACCACCAUAAGUCGCAUUCGUACCACUGUAGCAAGUCGCACUACCUGCAGCAAUAUCCUCAUACCUCAUGUGUAAACAUGGCUUUCCCAUCUGGGUCAAUGAGAUUCGCUGGUAGCCCGGGACUGCUGGUAACAUAGGAACUUCUCAAAAAUCAGGCGAUUCUUUCUCUUUCAGUAUUACUUUCUUGGAUCCUGCAUUUCAACGCUAACAUGGCAUUGCCUCUAGGCCUUUCGUACCCAUCCAUCGGUUCUAGUACCCAACCAUUGGGUGACACCUCUCCGUUUUGGAAAAAGUCUAGAAGAUUACACAUCAAACAGAUCGUAUCGAAGAAGAGAAGAUCUGUCGACUCCACGGGCUUUUCUUCCAGCGCAUAUCGCAGGAUCCAAUCGGAAAACACACCCGAAUCCGGUUGUCCUCCGGCCUCGUCGCACGUGCCCAUUGUCUAUGAUCAGAUUGCAACACCCGAAAGUCAUUGUACGAGUAUUGAUUUCAGCCCUUCGCAAUCGAGUGGCAGUCUCAGCCUCGCUGGCUCUCCAUUGCCAAGCGACAGACCCUCCAGCGAAUCCAGCGUUUCGCCUCGUCAUGUGGAGAUUGUGAUACCAGAUUGGGCUAUACCUCUACAAAGAUUCUCACCAUCUUCUAUCAAUCCCCCUUUCGAUCUUGGUGGAUUUCAGCGCGCACCUGCUUCUCCACAUAUCCCGACCAGAAUGGCUAGCCGGACCAACACCCUGAACUCUCAGACAUCGGCACCCUAUCUAUCGAGUCGAAAUAACAGCCAGACCAGCUUGCAUCAUGAAGACGGCCAGGAUGGAACAUCGUCGACCCGGACCCCUGGUAUCUCUCAGUCACCAGCGAUGCUUGCAGGCCUUGCGACACCAACGAGUUCAACCGCGGGGUUGUCGGGCUUAGUCUGCAAUGUGCAUCGCACAACAGGAAGGGAACCGCACCCGCUCGUAGGCGCCACCACUACGAUACUAGGCGACAAACUGUAUGUUUUCGGCGGCCGUCGACUUUCCCGAACAAGACCGCAGCUUACAUCGGACCUGUACGAGCUUGACCUUGUCAAGCGCCAUUGGACAAAAGUCGACGCCAAAGGUGACAUCCCGCCUCCUCGGUAUUUCCACAGUGUCUGUCCGCUUGGCGACACGAAAUUGGUUUGUUAUGGAGGCAUGUCACCUGUAAGUCCGUCUUCUAAUCAAGCGACUUCCGUGAUACAAGGUGCUCCCGCCGAUGCACAACCCGAGGUGGUGGUGAUGUCAGACGUUCAUAUCUACGAUGCGCCGACAAAAACGUGGAUGCACGUUUCUGCAAGCGAUUCUCCACAGGGCCGCUAUGCUCACUGCGCGACCAUACUUCCCAGCUCGGCCGUCUUCAGUUCGACCGGAGCUGCUGUGACAGCCAUACGACACAAUCCACCUUCAUCGAACCCAAACCAAGGUUCCCUGGGAGUGCAAUUGGACGGCGAAGGCGGUGCAGAGAUGCUUGUUGUGGGUGGCCAGGACAGUGCCAAUCACUACAUUGAACAAAUCAGCGUGUUCAACCUCCGGAGUCUGAAGUGGACGGAAACAAGCACAUUAGGCAGGAGUUGUGGCGCAUAUCGAAGCGUAGUCGCGCCUCUCACUAGCAUUGACCCGAACGAUAUUGGUGGAGGAACACGACAGGGCAGUGAGGCAAGAACACCGGAAGAACGGGUUCCAAACAAGACUGGCGAAUCAUCGAUGCUAAUUUACUCAAACUACAAUUUCUUGGAUGUCAAGCUCGAGCUGCAAGUACGCCACCCCGAUGGUACGCUUUCCGAGAAGCCAAUGCACGGCAAUUUCUCGCCGCCAGGUCUCCGCUUUCCGAACGGUGGUGUUAUCAACAACCACUUUGUGGUGAGCGGCACAUUUCUGACAUCGUCGAAGCAAGAGUAUGCGCUUUGGGCUCUUGAUCUGCGAACGCUAAGUUGGGGACGAAUCGAAGCCGGUGGCAACAUCUUCAGUCAGGGAAGCUGGAACAGGGGUGUGCUCUGGAACCGUCGGAAUUGCUUCGUCAUUCUUGGCAACCGUAAGAGGAGCUUGGUCGAAGACUACAAUCAUCGGCGCAUCAAUUUUUCGAACAUGUGCGUUGUUGAACUAGAAGCAUUCGGGCUCUAUGACAACCCACGCAAGGUAACGCCUGCGUCAGGGUUCAGCUCUGUCAGCGCACCGCCACAGCAUGACAGACUUGAUAUGCUUGCUGGUGGUCGCACACUAUUACCUGCAGCGACCGAGUUAGGUCAAAUGGCGUUGGGUAUGAAGGAACUUGCCGAUAUGGAUUUCCUUGCUUUGCAUGGCGAGCGCAUACCCGUUAAUUCCCACAUCAUUGCUCGACGCUGGGGUCCUUAUUUCAACCAAUUACUCCGCGAGAGUGCCCAAAGCGCUGAGAAAGAAAACGCUGAAGCUGCGACUUUACGGCCUACUGCCACAAUGCAUCCCUCGAGGAACUCAAGCAUUACCAUUACACCUUCUAUCCGAACGAAUUACUCAACAGCGACAACUCUCACCGCCAACACUAUAACCCCAUCAGAGGCCACAGCUGUGUCAGCGAACUCUUACUCCUCAUUAAGCCCGCCAGAGCCUUCAUCGCACUCACCAUCGCAACGGCCUCGAACAUUAUUUCUACCUCACACUCAUCUUACACUUCAAGCGCUUAUACAUUUCUUAUACACAUCAUCACUACCACCACAUAACUCCGCAUUAUGCUCACCGCAGAUUCUCUGCUCUCUCCUCCAAUUAGCGCGACCAUACCACAUCGAUGGUUUAUUGGAAGCGAUUAUCGAACGUCUUCACGUCCUAUUGGACAACAGGAAUACCGCGGCCAUCUUCAAUGCUGCAGCCAUGGCGGCUGGCGGCGGCUCUGGCAUCGCUUUCAAAGGUGUCAACGGUGUAUCAGGCACGAACGGGACCACAAAUGGAUUAUCCAACUCAGUUUCGAGUAACAACAGUACAGUCGCGGAUGUGGAACGGAGUCUGGAUGCCGGUCUGCGCGUACUCCGCGUCAACACAGAUGUAGAUCGGAACCACGACGACGAGGUCAGUUCAGCGGCUUCUGAAUCCACGUCGGCGUCGGCCUCGGAUAGCGGUUUCGGAGAUGGAAGUGGCAUUGAAGAUAGGGAGACCUGGAAUGGCGAAAUGAGCGCGGUGGUAGGGCUCCAAAAGCGAGGACUGCGGGGCCUGAUGGAGGGUCGCAGGAUUAGGGAAAUGGGAAGAGGAAGAGAUAGAAGCAGAGACGAUGGUGGUCCCAUGGGUAACGGUGACGGGGUAGGCCUUGGCUUACAAGGUGCUUCAUGAAGACAAGAAAUGGAGAGGGGAGGCAAGAAUAGUCAUCUACAUAGCAAAAGGAGGUUGGUAGAGACUGGCGUUGGUUGCUUCUUCGAUGGGAAAUAUUCAUGAUGAUAUGGGAAAUUUAGGGUCGUGAUACAGGUGAAUCAAUAUGAUAAGUACUAUGGUAUCUAUGCUUCCGUGCCAAUCUCGUUUCAGCUUCAUGUUCAUGUCCUCGAUUACUUCUCCUGGGCGCGUUGAUGCGCUGGCCCUUUUUACAUUAUAUGCGUAGCUGUGGCUGUCUGAAAGGACUGACAAAGAG